UUUGAGAAGGGGACCCACAAGAGACACAAAAUGCACGCCCCCACGCCACAUCCUUUUUACCCAGCAAUGGGUUAACACUGUCAACAGCCAGGCCACCUCGCAGCGGCCGCGGAGUUGCAGGCCCGCCCCCGCCGGGGUGUGGCGCUGUCCCCCUGGCACGGGGCGGGGAAGGAGGGGCGCGCGGCGGCCGGGCGGGGCGAGCGGAGGCGAGUGGAGGACGCGUAGACUCGCCGCGGUCCCCGCCUGCCGCUGCCCCGCCGCAGUCCCCGCUCCAGUCUAUCCGGCACUAGGAACAGCCCCGGGCUGCGAGACGGUCCCCGCCAUGUCUGCGGCCAUGAGGGAGAGGUUCGACCGGUUCCUACACGAGAAGAACUGCAUGACUGACCUUCUGGCCAAGCUCGAAGCCAAGACCGGCGUGAACCGGAGCUUCAUCGCUCUUGGUGUCAUCGGACUGGUGGCCUUGUACCUGGUGUUCGGUUAUGGAGCCUCUCUCCUCUGCAACCUGAUAGGAUUUGGCUACCCAGCCUACAUCUCAAUUAAAGCUAUAGAGAGUCCCAACAAAGAAGAUGAUACCCAGUGGCUGACCUACUGGGUAGUGUAUGGUGUGUUCAGCAUUGCUGAAUUCUUCUCUGAUAUCUUCCUGUCAUGGUUCCCCUUCUACUACAUGCUGAAGUGUGGCUUCCUGCUGUGGUGCAUGGCUCCGAGCCCUUCUAACGGGGCUGAACUGCUCUACAAGCGCAUCAUCCGUCCUUUCUUCCUGAAGCACGAGUCCCAGGUGGACAAUGUGGUCAAGGACCUUAAAGACAAGGCCAAAGAGACUGCAGAUGCCAUCACUAAAGAAGCGAAGAAAGCCACCGUGAAUUUACUGGGUGAAGAAAAGAAGAGCACCUAAACCAGACUGGAUGGAAACUUCCUGCCCUCUCUGUACCUUCCUACUAGAGCUUGAUGUUAUAUUAGGGACUGUGGUAUAAUUAUUUUAAUAAUGUUGCGAUGGAAACAAUUUUGAUAUAUUAAAGAUUGGAACGUGUUGUAAGUUUCUUUGCUUACUUUUACUGUCUAUAUACAUAGGGAGCACUUUAAACUUUUAAUGCAGUGGGCAGUGUCCAAGUUUUUGGAAAAUGUAUUUUGCCUCUGGGUAGGAAAAGAUGUAUGUUACUAUCUUGCAGGAAAUAUAAACUUAAAAUAAAAUUAUAUACCCCACAGGCUGUGUACUUUACUGGGCUCUCCCUGCAUGCAUUUUCUCUGCAGUUACACUUAGGAUAAUCUUUAUGGUUCUACUUCCUGUAAUGUACAAUUUUAUAUAAUUCUGAAAUGUUUUUAAUGUAUUUGUGCACAUGUACAUAUGGAAAUGUUACUGUCUGACUACAACAUGUAUCAUGCGCAUGGGGAGGGAGCAGGGGAAGGUUGUAUGUGUCAUAACUUCUGUACAGUAAGACCACCUGCCAAAAGCUGGAGGAACCAUUGUGUUGGUGUGGUCUACUAAAUAAUACUUUAGGAAAUAUGUGAUUAAUAUGCAAAUGAACAAAGUGAGAAAUGAAAUCGAAUGGAGAUUGGCCUGGUUGUUUCCCUAGUAUAUGGCAUAUGAAUACCAGGAUAGCUUUAUAAAGCAGUUAGUCACUCUAGUGAUAAAUCAGGAAAUUUACACACACACACACACACACACACACACACACACACACACACACGAGUAACCUGUAACUCUCAAUUCCCUGAAAAACUAGUAAUACUGUCUUAUCUGCUAUAAACUUUACAUAUUUGUCUAUUGUCAAGAUGCCACAAUGGAAACCAUUUCUGGUUUUAUCUUCAAAGCAGAGAAACAUGUUGAUUUAGUCUUCUUUCCCAAUCUUCUUUUUUAAACCAGUUUAAGGAACUUCUGGAGAUUUGUCCACCUCUGAUUACAUGUAUGUUCUUGUUUAUAUAAUUAGCAACAACAUGCUAAUGACGACACCUAGCUCUAAGAGCAAUUCUGGGAGAAUGAAAGGAAGUAUAAAGUAACCCAUAAUCUGCUUGGCAAUAGUUAAGUCAAUCUAUCUUCAGUUUUUCUCUGGCCUUUAAGGUCAAACACAAGAGGCUUCCCUAGUUUACAAGUCAGAGUCACUUGUAGUCCAUUUAAAUGCCCUCAUCCGUAUUCUUUGUGUUGAUAAACUGCACAUGACUACAUAGUAAGUACAGAACAAUAAAGUUAAAAUGGAUGUCUCCAUUGAUCUGCCAAAUUGUUAUAGAGAGCAAUUUGUCUGGACUAGAAAAUCUGAGUUUUACACCAUACUGUUAAGAGUCCUUUUGAAUUAAACUAGACUAAAACAAGUGUAAAACUAAACUAACAAGAUUAAACAUCCAGCCAGUACAGUAUUUUUUAAGGCAAAUAAAGAUGAUUAGCUCACCUUGAGAUAACAAUCAGGUAAGAUCAUAACAAUGUCUCAUGAUGUAAAAAAUAUUAAAGAUAUCAAUACUAAGUGACAGUAUCACUCUAAUAUAAUAUGGAUCACAGCAUUUAUUUUGGGGAGGAAAACAGUGGUGAUUACCGGCAUUCUAUUAAACUUAAAACUUUGUAGAAAGCAAACAAAAUUGUUCUUGGGAGAAAAUCAACUUUUAGAUUAAAAAAAAUUUUUUUAAGUGUCUAGGAGUAUUUAAAUCCUUUUCUCAUAAAUAAAAGUACAAUUUUCUUGGUGGCAGAAUGAAAAUUAGCAACUUCUAGCAUAUAGACUAUAUAAUCAGAUUGAUAGCAUAUAGAAUAUAUUAUCAGACAAGAUGAGGAGGUAUAAAAGUUACUAUUGCUCAUAAUGACUUACAGGCUAAAAUUAGUUUUAAAAUACUAUAUUAAAUUCUGAAUGCAAUGUUUUUUGUUCCCUUGAGACCGAAAUUUAAGUUAACUGUUGUUGGCAGUCUAAGCGUAAAUGUUAAUAGCAGGAGAAGUUACGAAUUGAGCAGUUCUGCCACAUGAUUUCCCAAAUGAAAUACUGCCUUGGCUAGAGUUUGAAAAACUAAUUGAGCCUGUGUCUGGCUAGAAAACAAGCGUUUAUCUGAAUGUGAACAGUGUUUCAAAGGUAUGUAGUUACAGAAUUCCUACCAAACAGCUUAAAUUCUUCAAGAAAGAAUUCCUGCAGCAGUUAUUCCCUUACCUGAAGGCUUCAAUCAUUUGGAUCAACAACUGCUACUCUGGGGAAAGAGUCCUCUACUCACAGCUGAAGAAAAUGAGCACACCCUUCACACUGUUAUCACCUAUCCUGAAGAUGUGAUACACUGAAUGGAAAUAGAUGUAAAUAAAAUUGAGUUCUCAUUUAA